UUCGCAAGAAUUGGAAAGAACUUGGUCUCAAUAAUAUUGAAGGCCUUCUAGAAUCUAGAUUAUAUUAGAUCUCUAGAGCUAGAUCUACUAGAUCUAGAUCUAGAUCUAUAACAUAACCUAAACAAAAUGGGUUAGUUAGGCUAAACGUAGCCUGUUCAGUAGGUCUAGGUACGUUCUUUCAAGAUAGUGAGCCUGCGGAUUUCUGGUAAAUAGUACGAGUACGAGAUAAUCAGAGAGAACAACUUUCACCACCAGCCAUGGGUACAGGAAGCUCCUUUAUGCGUUCUCAUGAUGAUGAGGACAUUUUGGGAUCUGACUUAGAGGGCACCAAUGGAGUGCUGAAGAGAAUCCCGAUAGAAAUCAAACCUCGUGGGAAACUCGGUCUACGCAGUGUAGGGUCUCUGGGUCGCAGUAAACCAAAAGGAGGAAGUCUUCGAUCUGCAUUGUCUAUGGACUUGGAAAACCCUGAAGUUGAGCGAAUACGCAAAGAUUUUGAGAUGUACAGACUCAACAAAGACAAUGAGAUCGCUAACAUGCAAAAGAAAGAGCAAAAGUUGGAGACGGAGAAUAAGAGACUCCGAGCUGAAUUGUUGGCACUUCAGAAGACCUGCACACGCAUGAGGGCUGAGCGGGAUGCUGCUCUUGAGGCAGAGCAAGAGGCGCUUGCUCGAGCAUCUGUGUUUGAGUCAGAACGAGACAAAGUGCAGCGACAGUUCAAGUUGUUCAGAGAAACUAAAGAGAGUGAGAUUCAGAACUUACUGCGUGCCAAGCAAGAACUUGAAAACCGUUUAUCCAAACUUGCAUACAGCGGACAAGCACCUGAUGACAAUGACUCACAGGCUAGACCUGGCAUUGUGGAUCUAGGCAAUUCUCAUCCUGGUGAUUGGUGGGCUACAUUGGAAAGUGAGCCGUCCUUGGGGUCUACAGUUCAACUUCAUCAACCGGCUUUCCUGAAAGGUCCUGAGUUCGCUUCUACCUCUUUGGAUAUGGAUGGACCAUUCAUUAAUGUGAACAAAGAGGAUUGGAACUUGACUGCUGUAAAUGCAUGGCGGGUGUUCCCGUCUGUGCCGCCUCACCUUGCCAGUCACACCAUACGGGUGUUUGCCUCUGUGUCCCCAGACCUUGCUGCAGAAUUUGACAAGUUCAUGGAGGACCAUGUGCCUCGUCUGUGCGAACUUUGUAGCUCCGAGGGAAGAGAUCUCACUCUUGUUCAUUUACCCGGUCAAACAGUGCAAGCUGACUCAGGGGAUGUGGAGUUUGAGUCUAGAGCUCGUAAACUACAGGUUGACCUAUCUGUGAUAUUUGUUGCCUUUUUGGGCAACACACUACACAAGUUCUCUCAUAUGGAGAUGAAACAAGCUCACCUUGAUCACAUGUCUAGCAAAUCAUCCAUUGUGCUAAUGUCAGAAACAUCAGAUAGCAAAGGAACAAAAUCUAGUCAAGAGAUGAAGGAGCUAAAGAGGAAGGUGCGUGAAGUGGCGAAUUCCCGAGUUCACAUCAUCCACACCUCUGCUGCUCUGGGCAGCAUGGCCCAAGCAGCUACAAGAGAACUGGAACGACUACUCAAAGUGGAGCUUGGCGUGGGCAAGAAGAGCAGUGACCAGGUGAUGGUGUGUGACAGCCCCAGCGGCUGGGCCGACCAGCAAAGGGACAUGGAGCAGCUGGAUCUGUUACACACGGCGGUCACAUCGUCCUGCGAGAUGGGAUUUGAGAAGUACUAUGAGCACUUAAACACACAGGUCUCUGCUGCUGGCCCUUUGCCUCCCCUGUUGGUUAUGGGCAGUCCUGGUAGUGGCAAAUCAUUACUCCUGGCAAAAUGGCUACAGCUGCAGGAAGAGCGAAGUGCCAGCAGUUUACUUCUCUAUCAUUUCGUAGGCUCUCAGAACUCGGUCAGUGCUGACCCAAUCCUCAUGAUACGCAGGCUCACUGCCCAGUUGAUGCAGCAAGUGUCAACCACAGUGUCCUUGACCUGUGACCCUGUUCGUUUGGUGGAGGAGUUUCCCCGGUGGUUAGAGAAAAUUUCUGCUCGCAGCCCAGGGGGAGUGUUGGUGGUGCUGGACUCUGUUGAUAGAUUUCAGCAAGCUGACGUUCAUCUCAAGUGGCUACUGGACCCACUACCCGUGGAUGCUCGGGUCAUUGUGUCAGUGAAUGAAGACUCUUGUCCUCAGGCUUGGAGGUCGUGGCCGACUUUACACAUGGAGCCGUGCAGCAGCAAGCACGUGAAGGAGUUGUUGUGGGCAGAGUUGUCUUCUCUCGGCGCAAGUAUGGCACCGGAGACGGAGCGACGAAUCCUCGCCCAGUGCCGCACACCAGCAACGUGCUGCCCCCUCUAUGUGUCCCUUAUAGCCAGGCAUAUAGCCAGCCUAGGCAGAGCUGACUCGGCUACUGUGGAUGGACACGUAUCAUCUCUACUCUCCUGUGGUGACAGUUUUGACCUUUACUGCUCACUCUUGACCUGUUCCUCUGAUUGCUUGGGCCAGGAAGUCUAUGGUUUCGCCCGACAGAUUUUGCAGUACAUCUACGCUAGCCGCUGUGGAAUGUUGGAGUCAGAAUUACUGGCUCUUAUCCCAGGACUGGGCUGGCCAGAGUUGUGUGCCUUGAGCGAGUUCCUGACACAUCACUUGUUGGUGAGGUACCAGCUCGGACUUCUGGUCUUUGCUCAUGCACAGGCCCAGGAGGCUGUCUACGAGUUCUGCUUCAAGGGACAGGAGACUCGGCUCAGAGACGUCAGAGCGUCUCUCAUUGGCUACUUUCAACAGCACAUGAGCCCUGGUCAGGUCCCCAUGCGUGUUGUGGACGAGCUCCCAUGGCUGGUCAGUCAGAUGGGAGACAAACAGCAGAUGGAGAAGUGUAUCCUGGACCUGGGCAUUUUUCAACAGAUUUGUACCAGGGGUCGCUGCUCUGAGUUGUUAGGCUACUGGCAGACGGUGGGCUGGGACAAGGACCGCACAGCUGAGGCCUACUUUACCGCCACCAAGAACCUGGAAGUUGUGGCUGGACAGAAAGGGCUGAGUCUCCUUCGAGUGGCAGAAAUAUAUGAAACACUUGGAGGAUUCCUUCGAGACUUGGGUCUUCUUUCUCAGGCUCUUCCUGCUUUGCAACGAGCAUUGGAGAUCCGCGAGAUCGACCUUGACCCAGAUGACCCCCUGGUGGCAAGGUCACUUCACAUGUUGGCCGGGCUUCACGCGCAGUGGGGCAAGUACAGCACGGCUGAGACGCUGUAUCGACAUGCGCUGGAGAUUUGUCAGAACACGCUGGGCACGGACCACCCACUAGUGGUGAAGGAGCUGGAGGCUCUGGCCGCGCUCUACCACAAGCAGGACAAGCAUGACUUGGCACAUCGCUUGAGGAAAAAAGCUUUCGCCAUCAAGAAAACUCUUCAGACUCCUAGAAGCCAGUCUGGAGAGCCAUGUGUUGACUCGCUGCAGCAGCGUGUGGUUCAGCUAGAGGAGCUUGUCAUGGGCCCGGACUCAUCCGACCUGGCACGCUCUCUCAAUGAGCUGGGGGUGCUGCACUAUCUACAGAACAACCCAGACACUGCGGAAUCGUUCUUCAAGCGAGCCCUGGAGAUGCGGGAGACAAUCCUGGGAAGUGACCACCUGGAUGUGGCUUCCUCACUCAACAACCUGGCCGCCCUCUACAACGACAAGAAACUUUUUGAACGUGCUGAGCCCCUCUAUGAUGAAGCCCUGAGAAUUAGACUCAAGCACUUGCCUCCUGACAACCCGGCUGUGGCCAGUAUCAUCAACCAGCUAGCUCGCCUCUACAAACAACAGAGCAAGUACGACAAGGCCGAACCACUUUACCGUCAGGCGGUGGAGAUCAGGGAAAAAAGCUUUGGGCCGACCCACCCAUCUGUGGCCACGGCAUUGGUCAAUCUGGCUGUCCUUAUGUCACAACAGAACCGCUAUGAGGAAGCAGAGCCUGUCUAUGAGCAAGCUCUAAAGAUCUACGAGGAUACGCUAGGGCUGCAUCACCCCCGUGUGGCAGAGACUUUACGCAACCUAGCUGUGAUGAAAUAUGAGCAGGAGGACUUUCAGACUGCUGCUCAUUACUACAAAAGAGCGACAGAGAUCAAAGACCAAGGUUCCAGCUAUGGGGACAAGGUCAUGUCUCGCCGCAGCUCCAGCAUCGACACAAACUCUACGGUCAAGAAUAUCUGAUGUUGGUCUGAUUUAAAUAUUGCUCAAGAUGAGUUUUGUCUGUGCAGGUUGAGUUGUAUUUAUGUUUGUUUAAAUACCAAAGUCACUGACAAAUACUUUUCUGUUGCAUUAUUCAUUUUGUCUGAAAAUGUUUUGAGAGUUUUAUUUCCCCUACAAUUGAAUAAAUAGUGGCAUCCGCUUGUACCCACAUGUGCUGGACUGCCGGGUUUUCUUUUGUUCAGCCAGUUUUUGGGUUAGAGUAUUACCUGUAUUACCUAUCCUGGGCAACAACUUCAUUGAACACUAGACAGAUCCAUAAGUCUGACAUCGUAGUUUUCUGCAUGGAAAAUUUCAAAAAUCUGCGCAGAAUUUUACCCUCAAAAUGACAAAAUUCUGCAAAAAUUCAGCAAGGAUUCCUUCCAUGUCUAAACUUCUUUUUCCAUACCUGUACUGCUUUAAAUAUAUAAGUACCAAUAAAGUACUGAUUAAUCAUAAGCUGAGAAGUAGCACUACAGACACUGUAAAUAAAAUGUUUAAAACCAGCCAUUAGCAGCAUACAAUGUGUAUUAUUGUUUAGAAACAUAAGCCCACAACAUAAAAUACUAGCAAAAGUGUGACCCAAAGAAUUGAGACACUACACCAGUAAUUUCAUAAUCAGGUGAGCUGGCAGUUUGAGCUGUCAUUGAUUGUCAGGAGGCGUUGAAGACAAAAAAGAGAAUUAUGUUGUUUAGAAAAAAGAAGUCCUAGGAAGAUGGGUAGAAUAUGUAGGAGAAUUAUU